GUCGGGGCGAACAGCAGCACAGACAGACGCCCACACGGACUGAGGACGCGCUAUAAAACCGAGAGUCGGUAUUCGCAAGUCAGUGGGGAUCCUUCACAACCAUGAAACACUUAGACGGAGUCAGACAUGGGAAACGUUUCGCUAAGAUCAUCGAUGCUUUGGAAUUUAUCAAAGGGAAACAUGAAUUCUGAUCUGAAGAAAAAGACAUUUUUUCAUUUGCUUGUGCACUUUGCUGAGAUUGUUUCAUAGAGUCUGUCUGUGGAGCUUCUCUGGACAUCGGUUUGACAAGGAGAACAUUUUUCUUUUUUCUUUGGGCUGCUCAACUGGACUGAGAGAGACAUCUGAGCUAUGUUGUGCCUCCCUUAACUAUGGACCCCAUGACCUUCAGGGUUCAAUUAUGUUAGCGUUGAGCCACUACAACUCUUCAGCCUCCACCCUUCUCCCUCGUUUCACUAAUGACAGCACGGGGAAGGUGGAGGCCAGUGUGGCUGUUGAAGGCCUGUUGCAGCAGGGAAACCUCACCUCAGUGCAGCCCAGCACUAGUGGGGUCAUUGUUGUCAUAUUGUCUAUGACACUGGGCAUCAUCUCCAACAUUGUGGCCCUCUUCAUCCUGGCCAAUGCAUACUCCAUCCAGCGGCGGCGCACUAAAGCCACAUUCCUUCUGUUUGCUGCUUCACUGGUGGCCACAGAUUUCAUUGGCCACUUAGUCCCCGGCGCCCUGGUCCUGCGACUUUACCUCUCUGGAGGUGUGCACCCUGAGGACUUCAACUCUUCUGACAGGAUGUGCCAGUUUCUGGGUGGCAGCAUGGUGUUCUUUGGUCUGUGCCCACUCUUCAUGGGAUGUGCCAUGGCUGCUGAACGCUGCCUGGGAGUCACCAAGCCGUUGCUACACUCAUCCCUGGUCACCAAAACUCGUACAAAGAUCUGCCUGUCUGUCAUCUGGUUGGCAGCUCUGUUUGUGGCCCUGCUGCCAUGCUUUCAGCUGGGCUCUUAUACCUAUCAGGUCCCAGGGACCUGGUGUUUCAUUAAAGUGCUUAAUGACACUGAGAAGGUGGAUGUGGCGUUUGUGGUGUUGUUCUCUGGACUAGGAUUGACCUCUCUAGCCAUAGCGCUGGUAUGUAACACCAUUAGUGGAUGGACGCUGGUGCUUGCUCGGCUCAGGAGGAAGCCUGGCUCCCAUCACUCAGCCAGGUCCCAUGACAUAGAAAUGGUGGUGCAGCUGGUCGGCAUCAUGGUCACCUCCUGUAUCUGCUGGAGCCCUCUGCUGAUCUUCGGCCUGAUGUCUGUGAUCCGCUCCUACUCAGGCUCUAUUGGAGAGGACCUGUCCAGCUAUAAAACUCUGAUGGUGAUGGGUGUGAGGCUGGCCACGUGGAACCAGAUCCUCGACCCCUGGGUCUACAUCCUGCUUCGCCGCACUGUCCUCCGCAAGAUCUACCUCAUCGCUAAGUGUCAGGCAGGCCUUAGGGGUAAUAUGUUAGCCCGCUGGGAGCCCACCUCCUUCCACAGCUCUGAAAAGAAACAAGUCAGCCAAGUUUGAGCUGAUGGAAAGACUGAAACAGGACUUUGUGGAUGUACUUUGCCAGCAGGUCAAUGAACAUACCAAGGACUCUGUGUACAAAGAUGUUUUAAAAGAGAGACCCACAUAGAAAGCACAUGGGAGGAACCACUUAGUGGUUGUGGUGGUGGUCACAGUAGACUUGACAUUUUUCGGCUGGUCCUCUUUAGAAAUGUUUAACAGAUUCAAUCAAAAAAUCUUUUUCAUAGAGUUCAUUGUCUGACCUUUAAAAUGGAAGCUAGCUAAUGCUAUGAUUUUGCACAAAAUAUCAUAAAUGUUCUACUGUUUACUUAGAAUAAGUGAACAUUCCUUAUUAUCAUACUCGAGAAACUCAUGUCCAUGAUAUAUGACUGCAGUAACAUGCUCUGUCCUGAGAUGUGCAGGGCUGGUUUUACUUCUCAGCCUCAUUUUCACCAGCUUUGAAAAUAAAAAAACACUAAAUUGCACAAUGACGCUAACGUGAGACAAAUGUGGAAGAAAUGAGCUGUAGCAGGAUAACCAUCAGAGGGAGCACCAGAGUAAAACCAGAAGUAUUUAGUAUGUUAAUUAUUCUGCUGAAUGUAUUUCAUAAAGGAAUGUUAAUAUUCAGAUACUGUGGAGUUUGUGAAUGUUUAAAGUUUAAAUAUGCUUUGUUUAUACAUGGCUUUAAGUGAAAUAAUGUAAGUUAAUACUUGAAUUUUACCCUCAAUUUACUGAGGAUAUGUAUAGAACUUUAAAGUGAAUGUAAAUAAAACAAUGCAAUGUGACCUUA